AUGGACCAAUGCGAUAGGCCGCUAUUACCAAAAAUACCUGGUAUCUAUCAGUCGUACUUGGAAAUUAAAGAUAAAUAUCCAAUAGGGAGUGAUUUAGAAUGCAUCGACAACGUGAGAUUCAUAAAGUCGAUAGAAAAAAAAAAAGAACCCUUGUUCUGUGAUGCAGACGUAGCCAUGGUGAUGUUAGCCAAAGGCCACAACGUCAUCAACAUGCGCAACUGGUUGGCGUUUGACGAUAAAGAGGUUCUCACUUUUUACGCAUUUUACAAAAAGUCGGGACGCGGAAGCUCCGGAGGAUUAGAUUACAUGCUAAAAAAGCUGAAGAUCAUUUAUUUUUUGGUGGACGAAACAAUUCAAGUAAACGAACCGACGAAACCAAACAGCGGCUAUCCACAAGGUUGUUUCAUAAAAAAACAAAAAAUACCGUUACCUGGCUGUGAUCAAGAAACUGGGCCCUAUUACAGGCUACCCGAUUUGGUCGUCGGCACUACAGUGAUAUUUUAUGGAAAAGAGUUAAGAAUCACAGGUGUCGACACAUUUACUAGAGACUUCCUGCACACGAUGGGAGUUCCUGCGAAAGACAACGAACAGAUUCCCGAAGAUCCAUAUUUUGAGUACAGGAAAAAAACCGAUCUGGAUAUAACGUUAAAAAAUAAACCGAAUUUAACUCGGAACCCACCUCCUAAUGGCUACGACAAUCUGAUCUUGCGAUUUAGGGGCUAUUGGGACGACCGUAAUCAAAUUGAAGGCGAACUGCAUUUCUACGAAGUUCUUUAUUACCUUGCCGACGACACGAUGGAGUUAGUUGAAGAAAUCAUUGAUGAAACCAAAGUCACUGGGAUACGUCACAAAAUGAUUGUGAGAAGACAACGGUUACCGACAGAAGGCCCGUGGUGUUUACAACCUGGCUACAAUGUCAAACAAGACAUACUGAAUGUUAUGUCGACAAACAAAAAUUCGUUUUACUAUACUAUGGAUACUCAGCUUGGGGGUAAAGAAAAUGUGUCAUAUUAUCAUUGUACAGAUUUGUUCAUCGGACAAGUUUUAAACGUGUAUGGUCGUUCUGUCGUAUUGUUUGCAUGUGAUGAAUGUACUAAAAGCUUUUAUAAAAAUGUAUACCAAUUAGGUGAAGAAACUUUCAAUCCAAUAGAAGCCCCUAAAACAAUGAAGGAAAUUGAAGAAGAAUUUUUGAAUCAAAAACGAGUAGAAAUAAUUUUGAAGAACUAUGAUGAAGUACUGAGGAAACGUUUGAUUAAAUAUGGAGGUACAGGAAUAAUAUUUGGGUUUCUCAUUAAAAUGAUAACCGAUGAUCCAAUUAAUAGAGGAAGAAAUUUCAUGUUGAAGUAUUAUUUAGAUGACACAGAAUUCGCUAUAUAUGAAUAUAGAGAAACAAAUUCAGGAAUGCGUGGCGGAAUGUUUCGUUCAAAACGUGGGUUUAGUGAAUACCAAAACCAGGCGGAUUUAUUCAUUUUUCAUCAGUUAGCGGUAGGAGUUAAUAUUUGUAUUGACGAAUUCAAGUUUACUAUUGUAGAUAUCGACGAUAAGACAUUGCAAUUCAUGAUCGAUAACCCAAAAGAGUUCUCACACAGUAAUUUGACAACAGCCAGAAGCAAAACGCUUGAACUGAUAAACAAUCGAUUCCAGAGUUUGGACGAAUUUCGAACGAAAUAUUUUCAAGAUCGAGAAUUGGUGGAUAGAGAUGAAUUCAGAAACGUUUUGUCCUUUGAAGGAGAACUUAAUCCUCAUAUUGGAGUUGUACUUGCACUAAAGUACAAACGCCCAGAUCCAUAUGAACCUUUUACAGAUAAUGUACUAAGAAGCGCAGUACAAGACGCAAUGAGAAAAGGCGGUUUUAUACACUUUGACGGUUUAAAAAAUAAUUUUAGAUCAAGAAAAUCGAGAUCUGACCAAGCAGGAUACAUUGUAUGUAGUGAAGUAAUUAAAGCGAUGAAAAGCAAUAAAGUCCCGUUGAAUGAGGAAAUAACUAAUAUUAUCGUUAAUAAAUUCACAGAUACAAAAAACGGCUGUACUGUAAACUUCGAAGACAUGGUGGAAUUCAUAGAUUAUGUAAAAAAUCCGGUGGAACCUCCAUCUAGAUUGGCCAGAGAACUGUUGUUCGUGAAAUCCAAAAAGGUUUUGGUUCGAGUGAACGAGUUCAUAGAUGACCUGCGGUCGGAAGCGUAA